GAGUAGUUAUCGACAAUGGCCAGAACCAAGCAAACCGCCCGUAAAUCCACCGGAGGCAAAGCCCCGAGGAAGCAGCUCGCCACCAAGGCUGCCCGCAAGAGCGCCCCGGCCACUGGCGGCGUCAAGAAGCCUCACCGUUACAGGCCCGGCACCGUGGCCCUGCGUGAGAUCCGUCGCUACCAGAAGUCCACGGAGCUGCUCAUCCGCAAGCUGCCCUUCCAGCGCCUGGUGCGUGAGAUCGCACAGGACUUCAAGACCGACCUGCGCUUCCAGAGCUCCGCCGUCAUGGCCCUGCAGGAGUCCAGCGAGGCCUACCUGGUCGGCCUCUUCGAGGACACCAACCUGUGCGCCAUCCACGCCAAGAGAGUCACCAUCAUGCCCAAAGACAUCCAGCUGGCCCGUCGUAUCCGCGGAGAGCGAGCUUAGAUCUCAACUAGUCCACUAAACAACAACAACAACACAACGGCUCUUUUAAGAGCCACACACUUUAUCUGUAAAGCCACAAUUCUCCUUAACUGGUCAGAAAUACAAUGUGUUGCUUCAAUUGUCGUAUCCUAAUAUGCCAUAAUAGAAAAAAGAGAAUGUUUGUGUGUAAGGAUCAAACGUAGAAAAAACAAACCAAAUUGGGAAAUUGUUUCAAUAUUUCUGAUAAUCUUUUACACGGUUUAUACUUUAAACUUGAAUUUCCUUGAAGUCAAUGUACAUUACUUAAUAUUAGUAGUAUGCACAAGUUUUUAUACACAUAUUUUUUGUUAAUGGCUAAUUGUUCUUUAUACUAUCAUACUCUUAAUUGCAAAUAAUGGCGUUAAGCUUAUUUUUUCAACACAAUACACGAUGAAAUGACAUGUUUGUUGAUGAUUUGUUAUGCUACUACUAAUGUUUCAGUACAAAACAGUUAGUAUUUUUUGUUGUUGUGGGUUACUGAAUUGGACAAUUCGGAUGGAAAAUAACAGUUUUAGACCAAUUGAUGGGGGAAGGGUUAAGUGUGGGGAAUGAAUAUGUAA